AUGACUUUGCAGGUCGAUCCUGAGAAGCCCGAAGACGACGAGGAGGCAGCCAACGAACGGGCGGCUGACCAGUCGCGUUCGGCCGCGGCUGUCGCGUCCGGUCUCAGGACUCGGACGGUGUCCAAAAAGCCGACUCGAUGGACUCGCAGAUUCUCCCAGACAAGGCCGGGGGCGUUCGAGGCUCAGCCGAGGCCGAGCUGCGGGUCCCAGAUGCGGACUCGCAGUCAGAAAAGCAAACUUCAUUUGAAGCCAAUGCGGAUUCUUCGCAGACUUCUCGACUCUGCGCCUAAUGGUCUCAUGGGAGAGUGUGUAGCCUUUUUGGCGGAAUGGCAGCCUUGGCAGGAGAACUUCAGCCCUGUGCCUGACAAGUUGGCGAAUGAGGCGGCAAACAACAGGGAUACAAAAGGGAAACGAGAGGGAGAAGACGAAGACACACCAGAGGUCGAAGACGGCUGGACCAAAAGCUGUUCAUCAAGAUCGCGCGUGAAGCGAAGAGGCGAUGCACCAGAGCGGACCUUCUCGGGCCCAAGUGAGUCAGGACAAAUGCCGAGUGAGCAGGAACCUGCAGCAGAACCGGAUCCUCAGCAAGUGUCGGACGAUCUACGAGAGAACGCAGUGGCCGCAGCUCCAGAUGAUCUUCAUGAAACGGGUCCUAUUCUAUCGAAGCGUCAGAAGCAGCGGCUGCGGCAACGACAAGAUCGACCAAAAGUUGCAAAGCCGAAAGAAGAGAAGCCAGAAGCUGCAGUCGUACCUAGCAAACGGCUUCCUUUUAAAGAGGAGCAACAGCAAGAUGUUCCUGAUACAUCACUUGCUCCGGAGGCUGCAGUGGAAGAGGUGAAGCCAGAAGCAAAGGCAGAAGCAGCAGAGGCAGAUGCGGAGGAUUCGUCUGCAGAGGAAGAAAAUGCCGACGUGAAGCCGGAAGAACCCAAGCUGGUCCGAAGCUUUGCGGAUUUGGUGGCUGGAAGACCGGCGAGGCCAGUGGAGGAGGAGGCAGAAUCUGCAUUCGUGUCAUUCAAAGCUGAUGCUCCAGAGUUUGUCCCGAUGUCAAUGACCACGCCAUUCCAGGCGGUGCUGGCGUCCGGCUAUGCCAUGGCCAUGGCCUCCGAGCCGGUCCCAACCAAGAAGUCCCGACGGGGACGACGAGGACGGAAAGAGGCCGAAGACUCCCAAGCGUUGCCUUUGACCACUGUGGUCAUUGCUGAGAUCGCGAAUCUUGACGCGCAGUCGUUGAGGCUUCAGCUGGAUGCAUGUGGCUUCGCGUAUAACUUCUUUUAUAUGCCACCCGAGAGGCAAGAAGAGUAUGGCAACUGUGCCGUGGUGAACUUCGUGGAUCCCAGCUUUGUGAUCAUGUGCCAGCAGUUUUUUGAGCAGUCCGGUGAGGGCAACGUGUCCUUCUUUCCCAUCCAGGGCUUGGACAACAAUGUGGCCUAUUGGACAUCCUUUGGAGUGGCCGAGGACAUGAUCAAUGGUCCUUUGGUGUUCCCGUCCGCUGUGGCACAGUGGUCUGAGGAUCCGAACAUGUUGAACAGCAAGUUCUCUCCGCAGAUCAAGGAGCAGUUUCACAAAACCAAGCUAUGUGUUCGUGGCCCAAUGUUCCGAAGUCACGUGGGAUGUCCCGUUUCGUCAGAGGAGUCGCUGGUUGUCGAUGUGCAGAAUGCAUGGGAACACAUCAAGGUUCUUUGCUUCACAUGGAAUAUGGGAGAUGCAAAGCCCUCAGAGGAAGAGCUGAAGUGUUGGUUGCCUAGCGGAGGAGGUGAGUUUGACCUCGUGGUUGUUGGUGUUCAAGAAUGCAGCUACGAUUGGGUUUCUGAGUGGGUUGCUACACCUAUGCGGAAUCCCAAGCGACGGAAGUCCUUGAAAGGAAGUGGCAAAACGCAGCUGCCCAUGUUGUCGGGUGCUGUGGAGGAAGCCUUGCACGCCUUCGGGAGUUCUCCUCGUUCUGAGCGUCCAGAGAGACGGAAGAGCAGGGAUGUUGGAGAAGAAAAAUUCUCUUUUCACUGGGACGAUAUUCUGGCUGAGAGAUUAGGAGAUGGAUUUGCUCGAGUACAGCAGGUGGUGUUGAUGAAUAUGCGCUUGCUGGUUUUUGCCAAAACGCAAUAUUGUGAUGGGACAAUCAAAUGGCAAGAUGGUCCACUUAUCCACUCAGUGCAGCACACAUACUCAGCGACGGGUCUGCUGGCAGGUACUGUUGGCAACAAAGGUGGCCUCGUCGCCACGCUUCAGUUUGGCCCAGUGAGCUUGUGCUUUGUAAGCUGCCAUUUGGCGGCCCACACGAGUGCUGCUGAGAAGCGCAAUAAUGAUUGUCGGGAGAUUUUGCAAGAGACAUGGCCAGUUUGCCACCCCGAUUUAGAUAUCGUGACCCAGUUUGACCAUUGCUUUUGGUUUGGCGAUCUAAACUACAGACUGGAUCUCUCAGUGGACGAGGAGCUACCAACUCUGGCCUUGGGAAAGCAGCGUGGUGUGUCACCACCCAAGGACUCACUUGCACCCAGUGCUCCUUCGCGGCCGGAUGAUUUUUCCGCGGUCUGCGAGAUGAUUGACAAGAGAGAGUUUGAGGAGCUUAUGAAGUAUGAUCAGCUUCGCCGCUUCAGAGAUGCUGGAAAGGCCUUUGCUGGCUUCAACGAGGGGCAAGCUGAUUUUGCACCCACCUUCAAGGUAGAAAGACAACCUGGUGUAAGUCAUCAAUCUGAAAGGACUCCGUCCUACUGCGAUCGGAUCCUUUGGAAGUCCACUGAAGCCUUAGAGGGGAAUGCGGUGCAGCGAUUGCUUUCCUCUGCAGAGCAAGUCAGCAGCAGCGAUCACAAGCCAGUGUAUGCUCACUUUGAUGUGAAGACACCGGCAGCUAGAGGCCAGUUGCUGCAGAGAGAGGCUUCAAAGGAGCACUUUCCAGUGGUCCGGAUCAAGCAUCUCAAGGCCCAUUCCUUGCCAGGCAGCCAUACGCGACUUCGAGUUGUGACUCUUGUAUUGCCUUUGCAACUGGAGAGCCUUCAGUGUGAGCAUGAAAUGAAAGUGACAAAGCAAGGCAAUGAACUGAUUUGGCCAUAUGACUUGCCUGCCAUACGGCCUGCAGCAAACAACCAAGAAGAAUUGCAGUGUUGCACUCUGGUGAUGGUGCUGUAUAGCAAGGGCACAAAACUUGGAAGCAUUGGACUGCGCUUUCCUGGCUGGAGCCCAUCUCAUGCUUUGGACGCAGAGCGCUUCCAGUAUCGCUUCGAAAAGCCGCUCGUUUUAAAAAGCUCAACAUUCGGCACAGGUGCUCUUUCAGGAACUUUAGAAGUCAACUGGAACGAGCUUGGCAUCGCAGCUGAGAACCAGCUUGCAGCUGCAGCAAGGCCCAAGCCUGUUCGUCCGGACGCUCCUGCAUGCAUUAACAGACAGAGCUAUUUGCAAUGA